AUGGAGAUGUACGUCAUCGAACAAGAUGGGAUAGACCAUGCGAUCGAGCUCAACACACAAGAAGGUGCAAGUAUAAAACAAGCCAUGUCAAGAGGGGACUUAGAGAAAGUGCAAAUCGAUGAUAAUCACCCAGAUCGGAUCGUCAAGAUUGGCGCCCAAUUACCACCUCAAAUUCGUGAUGGCCUGACAAACCUCCUACGUGAGAACGGUGAGGUCUUUGCAUGGUCGUGUGAAGGCAUGCGGGGAAAAGAUCUUGAGAUCAUAUCACACCAUCAAAGUAUAGAUCCUACCUUCAAGCUAGUAUGCCAGAAAAGUCGAGCUUACAAUGUAGAACGGGACGCUGCCAUGAAAGAAGAAGUGAACAAGCUCACGAAGAUUGGUUUCAUUCGUGAGGUUAACUAUCCAAGCUGGUUGGCCAACAUGGUCAUGGUGAGGAAGACACUUCUCGUCGAUUCGACCGGGGGCUACGAGCUCCUUAAUUUCAUGGGAUGCAUACUCGGAGUACAACCAUAUUUUGAGGUACCCACUAGAUCAGGAGCACACCUUGUUCAUCACAGACCGAGGUCUUUAUAG